AGGUCGAGGGCUGGAGGGUCGCCGCCCGCGCGUGCUGAGUGUGUACGAAUACACGAAGGACUGAGACGCUGCCUCUCAACUAACAUUGGCGCGGUCAAGGUAUGGACGCUGAAGGCGUGGAAGUUGGAGGAGAGGACGUCGUUCCGUCGACGGAGCGCUGCAGGCGUCUGGAGGAUCGCUGCGUCGACCUCCAGGACCAGGUGGACGAGCUGCUCCUACGGGUGGAGGCCUUGGAGAGGAACCGAGCGCCAUCUGGACCUUCAAAAGCGCCUCCAGAUGGUCCGACUCCACGGCUGUGGUGUGACGCCGGAGCCCGCUACGAGGACACGGCGGCGUUCCGGGCGGACCUCGCCCUGCGGGAGGCGGCCCUGGCACGAGGACUACGGUUUUUACCGUAUCUGGGCCGCGCGCUGACCUGUAUGGUGAAGCGCCGCCAUCUGGUCAGGAGCGAUGUCGCGAGCAGGUGGUUCUGCCCGGACGGCAUCCACCUCACCGCGCUCGGCUACGACAAGAUUCAAAAGAAGCUUAGCGACACAUUUGCCCGCUAAGUGCGCCAAGCUAACGACGUGCUCGUUAUCGACACGCUCGAUGGAUGGCGAAGGGGGGAGGGGACAGAGAGACGGUGUCGUGUAGUGACUGCGGUGCAGGGCGAAACAUGUGCGUUGUACUUGGGUGUUUGACGUCGCGGUGCGUCGUGGACCUCGUGUUGCGGUUGCAUUAUGGUCC